CCAGUACUCGAGGUUUUGUGAAAGAUGUCGUCCAGAAAACCGUACAGCAAGAUACAUCUUACUAAAAAAAGGUUAUAGUGCGUUUGAUUAAAUACCCAGUGGUUGGACAAUAUGGAUCCAAACCAGUGGUAUACCCAGCCAUAUGGACGGUUGCCUGUUCCACAGCAGACUUCUUCUUUGAAUCACUCUUCACAGCUCUUUGAUUUACCCAUGCUGGAUCAGAUGGCACAGCAACUAGAGGCUGGGCUGUCGUCGAGCCUCGCACCGUCGUCGCUGCAGUCUCAGCACCUCGGCGUCGGCCACACGCAGCCCUACACCUCCCUGCCGACGCUCAUCGGUGCUGGCUACGGACAGAACCUGCUCACGGCGCAGGCGAGCACGCUGUUCCACGACGCCGCGGCAGACGCCGCCGCCGCCGCCGCGACGAGCGCCCCCGCCGCGCUCCACGCCGCGAAGCCCGCAGUAUCUGUGAUGCUUCCACCUCAAGGCACACCGCAAAAGAACUGGGCUCUGUCUAACUUUGUCCCAAGUCCCAACAAUCCUUUCGGGGCUAUGGGAUCUGAGUUAGUCACAUCUGCUAGCACCUCUGCAUUCUCCGACAUCAUCCAGAGGGCAGCACAGUACGGCAGUAGCCCUAACGAAGCACCUGUGACCAGUGCCUUCAGAUAUCAGGAUAAACGGGACCACGCUGGAGCGUUAGACAUGGAUUUCGGUGGUGCACCACUGAGUGCUCUCACCCAGCAUAGACUACACCACAACCAGCUAAACCUGGGUCAGUCAGGACCGCAGCUUAGCCAGCUACAGCAGGACAGGUUUCCAGCACAGCCGGUGAGUUCUACUGAUCUGUUGGCAACUAAUGCCUUUAGACACGACAGUAUUUUUGGGAACUCGGUGCAACAGCCACAGCAGAAAGUGUCAGUGCCGAUCUCAAACUUCAAUCAAAACAUUUCCCUUGCUACCCCUAAGGAACAGAACUCUGGUAUGGCAGCCCUAGUCAGGUUACAGCUCUGCAGGAUCAGGGAGUAGUAGAGAACAGCAGCAACAGCAGCAGCAGCAGACGCAACAACAGCAGCAGCAGCCACAACAGUUGCAGCAGCA